AUGGUGACUUUAGAAAAUAAACAAAGUCAAGUUAGGAGAAAACAAAUGACUCCUGAAGACAGGGAAAGAAUUGUUUCAAAGGUUCUUGCUGGUUUGUCUAUAAAAGACAUCUCUGUCGCAUUGGACAUGAACUAUAAAACAGUUUGGAAAAUUGCAACCAAUUUUCUAAAAACUGGUGAUGUUCAUGCAAAACCAUGUGGCGGAGACAGGCGUUCAAAGUUAACACUUGAACAAAAAAACAAUAUUUGCCUGGCUAGACACAGACUGCCUGCAAAAGCUUAA